CAAAUUUCUCAAACUCAAAUUACAUUCAAUCAUUCCCUGUUCUGUUACCAUUGCCAACUUUUCAGACAAAUAGAUCUGUAGCCUGAUAAAAAACCAUGGAGAAAAAGGUGGAGAUAAUAUCAAAACAGUUGAUUAAGCCAUCAGUUUGUCAUGUUAAAUCCUUCAAUUUGUCUGCUCUAGAUCAACUAGCCUCUCCUACUCACUAUCCAAUUUUUCUAUACUAUGCAAAUGAUCAAGAAUCAACCAAUUUAUCAACUAGAUCCCUACAACUAAAAAGUUCCUUGUCCAAAAUUCUUGCUGAUUUUUAUCCCUUUGCUGGUAGAUUAAUCAAUGACAACACUUCAAUCAGUUACAAUAAUUCUAAAGAUGAUGAUUUUGGAGUGUUGUUUAUUGAAGCUUUUACACAUAACUGCAACCUCCAAGAAAUUCUUCUUUCAGGGAGCAAAACAAACACCUUCGGACAAUUUGUCCCACCAAUGGAUUCACUAUUGAAAACUCACUUGCUGAUUGUUCAAGUCACAGUCUUUGAGUGUGGAGGCAUGAUCCUAGGUUGUUUGGUUUCUCACAAGCUAUCUGAUGCUACCUCUUUUUGCACUUUCAUCAAUAAUUGGGCAGCCGCGGCUCAAGGUGCUAAUAAUUUGAAUUCUUUGACCCCUGAUUUUACAUCAAGGGUCAAAGUCUUCCCACCAACUAAACAACCGUCGCCAUUGCCAUUUGCGAAUCCUGUAGGUGGUGAAGAGAAGCAAAUCAUUACGAAGAUUUUCUCAUUUGAUGGGCCUAGCAUAGCGGAUCUCAAGUCUAAGGCUCUGAGUAAGGAUGUACCGGGUCCCACACGUGUUGAAGCAGUGUCGGCUCUGAUAUGGAAGUGUGCGACUGCCUCAUCUAAAAGCAGUAUUGGUACGUCUACCUUAUCCCACGUGGUGAACGUCAGGAAAAGGCUUGUACCUUCAUUGUCCGGUGGGACCAUUGGAAACUUCCUUGCCUUUUUUGUGGCUACGAAAAGUAAUGAGGGAGACAAAAAUGACUUAUCAAAUCUUGUGACCAUCUUGAGAAAAGGUUUAUUAGAGUUCCCUAGUUUAAAUUGGGACGUGGCUUUGGACCACAUAGUUGAGAAUUGGAACAUGUUAGGAGAUCUUAUAUCAAGAAACAAUGACAUAGAGUUUUAUAGUUUUUCUAGUUGGUGUGGGUUACCAUUUUAUGAAGCAGAUUUUGGAUGGGGGAAGCCAAAAUGGAUAAGCAUUCUGUUUCAAUACAAGAAUUUAAUUAUGCUCAUGGACGCCAAAGAUGGUGGGAUAGAAGCCUGGGUUUGUUUAGAGGUAAAACAUAUGUCAGAGUUUGAGCAAAACCCAGAUUUACUAGCUUUUGCGACCACUAAAUAAGCAAUUAUGAGUUAAUUUUCACAAGUCUCCUGUCCGAGCAUUAGGAAUGGAGAAUUUCCUAGUAUGGAGCGCUUCCCUCUUUAUGGCCGUAUACGGCGCAAAUAUGGACUUGGGGGGCAGUGAGUUCUGGAUACCAUAUAGUUAAGGUUCUUCGUCUGUUUAUAUUUUCCUAUUUCCUGCGCUCUUGUUCCAUCCCCGUACUUUUACCUUAGGUGAUGUAUGAGAAUCAAAGAUCAAGCUAAAUUCCUUUUAUAUUGUAACAAACAUCUUGUGUUUGCAUUUGAAAAUAAAUUUUGCACUGUCAGUGUGCAUAAGUUAAA